CAGACAACUCUCUCCCUAUUCAUUCUCUCUCUCUCUCUCUCUCUCUAGCUACGCCUUUUGCCCUUUCUGCUCCGCCCAGCUAGCGGUGGCAGCUGCCUGCAGCGGCGCCAGCUGCAGCUCCCGCAGUGAAGAAGAAAGCAAUCUCUCUCUCUGCCUCUGCGUUUCUCUUUCUCUCUCUUACAACAUAAUAAAUCCAAGACAUUAGGUCUAACUAAAGCUUCAAAAGCUUUGAUUUGAUGCGCAAAGGCCUUUUUGAGAGGGAGAGGGAGAGGGAGAGGGAGAGGGAGAGGGGUACGGGCGCGUGGGUGGUGGGCAGUGGUCGCUUUUUGGAGUUUUUUUUGACUCAUCUUCUUUUAGCAAAUGCCAAGGGAAAAGGGUAGUGCGCAGGUUAAGUAGCUAGCUAGCUCCACCCCCACGCCCUUUAACAAUGUAGCCUCCCCCCCUCUCACUCCGUCUCUCUCUCUCCCUCUCUCCCUCUCUCUCGUCUUUGAGAAAUUCUCUUCGGAGUCUAGGGUUCUGGGCACCACUAUGGGGGGUCUGAUCGAUCUCAACACCGUCGACGGCGAGGACGAGGCGCCGUCGUCCGGGUCGUCGCCGUCUUCUUCAUCGUCCUCGGUUUCUGCUACGGUGGUUAAUUAUUCCACGCAUGCGUCCUUGGCCUCUGCUUCUUCUUCAUCGUCGUCUGUGUGCUUGGAGCUGUGGCACGCGUGCGCUGGCCCUCUGAUAUCGCUCCCGAAGAAAGGGAGUAUUGUAGUUUACUUUCCGCAGGGGCACUUGGAGCAAGCGUCUGAUUUUCCGGCCGCAGCUUUUGAUCUUCCGCCUCACGUCUUCUGCCGAGUCGUCGAUGUCAAGCUUCACGCGGAGACGGCCAGCGAUGAGGUUUUUGCACAGGUGUCUCUGGUUCCUGAAAACCAGAUUGAGCAGAAAUUGAGGGAAGGGGAAGCUGUGGGGGAUGGUGACGAAGAAGAUAUUGAAGGUGCUGCCAAGUUGAUCAUGCCCCACAUGUUCUGCAAGACUCUUACUGCUUCUGAUACUAGCACUCAUGGAGGCUUCUCAGUGCCUCGUCGAGCUGCAGAGGACUGCUUCCCUCCCCUGGAUUAUAAACAACAGAGGCCAUCACAAGAGCUUGUAGCAAAAGAUCUGCAUGGCCUUGAAUGGAGGUUUCGACAUAUCUAUAGGGGCCAGCCGCGGAGGCAUUUGCUUACAACUGGAUGGAGUGCCUUUGUGAACAAGAAGAAGCUUGUUUCCGGAGAUGCCGUGCUCUUUCUAAGGGGUGGUGAUGGAGAAUUGAGACUGGGUAUCCGAAGAGCAGCUCAAGUCAAAGGUGAUUCUCACUUUCCGGCUCCUUGCAGUCAACAGUUGAAUCUGAAUAGCUUUACAGCUGUUGUUAAUGCUAUCUCAAUGGGGAGUGUCUUCAGCAUAUUUUACAAUCCAAGAGCAAGCUCAUCAGAGUUCAUAAUACCUUUUCGGAAAUUCUCAAGGAGCCUUGAUCAUUCCUUUUCUGUUGGAAUGAGGUUCAAAAUGCGUUUCGAAACAGAAGAUGCAGCUGAGCGAAGGUAUACUGGCCUAGUAACUGGGAUUAGUGAUAUGGAUCUGAGAUGGCCUGGUUCAAAAUGGAGGUGUUUGUUGGUAAGGUGGGAUGAUAUAGAGGCUAAUCGACAUAACAGGGUUUCUCCGUGGGAGAUUGAACCCUGUGGUUCCGUUUGUGGGUCUAAUGGCUUUAUGGUACCGGGUUCAAAGAGGUUUAGGGAUGGUUUGCCUUCAACAAAACCAGAUUUUCCAAUUUCUAAUGGGAUUGGAGGGUCAGACUUUGGGGAAUCUUUAAGGUUCCAGAAGGUCUUGCAAGGUCAAGAAAUUUUAGGUUUUAAUACUCCUUAUGAUGGUUUUGGAACUCAUGAUCAUCCAUCUGAAAGAAGGAGAUGCUUUCAUGGUUCCAACAGUGCUGGAAUUGCUGCAAGGGGAAAUGGUGUCAGUUGUAACCUACUUGGGGCUUCUGACAUUUCCUGUAAAGGCAUAGGCUUUGGUGAAUCUUUUCGAUUCCAAAAGGUCUUGCAAGGUCAAGAAACACUUUCAAACCCACCAUAUGGAAUGGCGUCGGCUGCUAUUAAGGUUUGUGAAAAUCAUGGGCUUGGAAUCUUAAAUGGAGUUGAAGUGCCAAGCUCUAGAGAAGGAUGGCCUGCCCUGAUGUGGGGCUAUGAUGCUAGUGUGCAUGUGCCUGCACGUGCACCAUUGAUACAAGCAUCAUCUCCAUCUUCUGUGUUGAUGUUCCAGCAGGCAUGCACUCCAGUUCUAGGUUUUCACCCUACAAACAGUGUUGAUAAUCAGAAGGAGAAGGCUAUUACUAAUCGAAAAUUGGCUGAUAUUUCUGAGACAUAUGGUGGAAAUCUUACUCCCUCAUCAUCUAGUAAUAUUUGCUUCAGGAGGGGCAUUGAGGUUGGAACAGGUUCCUGUGGUCUAUUAAAAGAGCAUCACUCUGCAGUUAGCAGCAGCCAAAAUUUAGUUUCCUCUUGUAAAAGUAGCUGUAGACUCUUUGGAUUCCCAUUGACAGAGGAAAUAGGUGAUAGAGGUAACGGGGAAAAUUCUGCUCGAAUUACAUCUUUGAAUUCUAAAGUAUCUUAUCUUCCCCAUGUUGAAGAGCAGAUUCAUACAAAGCCUCCUGUGAUGAGCAAAGCAGUUGGAAGCAGUUGUACCAAAGUAAGCAACCUCUAUGCUGUAAGAGAUAUGCUUUUUGAUGUCACACUGUAGUGUACUUCCAUUGUAAGAAAAAAAUAAAAAAUAAAAAAAGAAGACAGGUUCACAAGCAGGGGAGCUUUUGUAGACAGUACAAGUUAUCUCCCAAAGCUUGAUGGGCAUAAAAUGAUUUGAUCUGUGAUAUGGGAGUGUUUAUAGAUAUGAAAAGCUUUUGAACGGUGUAGAAAAAGGAAAAUAUCUGAGAUCUCAAGGAUGAUAUGUGAUGCUUCUUGGAGAUGUUACACGGCAGUAAGUAUUUAUUUUCUUUUUCAAUUGUUAUGUUUUUGGAAAAUUGUGCAUUUUAUAUUCUCCAAUGCAAGAGCAAAGCAUGGCAUUUGUGUGUUAUAGUGCCACUGAGGGACAGUUCAGAAAUGGCCAUUAAGGUAUUUGUGUGCACAUGUUACAUGAGUUGAGGAGUAUCAUUGGGCAUUUUUCCAUACGAACCAAAUGUCAAAAUAGUUGUGUUCCAGGAGAUGAGAGUUGGGUGUUUACAUGGUCCUUAUUUUUGAAUAUUUUUGGUCCACGUAACACAGUUUCUGUAUCAGUGUAUGCUACCAAAUGCAUUUGAGAAUGAAUUUAUAUUUUUAGUUCCGAGUCUCUUAAAUUCUCAUUGAAUUUAAAUUCUUGCAUAUGGUUUUGCAGGGAAUUCUGCAAAAUCGACUCCAACAUAUUUGCCAAUGAAAAUGCAAUGCUAGGUCUCACCAAAAGAAUGAUCCAUGAGAUGACGAAUAUGCUGUAUGUUAAUAGAUUUUUGGGUUGUGAGAAAAGACCAACAUAACUUUCUCCUAAGUAAUUUUGUUGUAUUUAAACUGCUUUGGCCACGGAAAAUAACAAUUAGAAUUCAUUUA